AAAGAGCUUCAGCUUGGCGUAACUCAUAGAAUGUCGGCUCACCGACAUCCGAGCGAUGGCAAAGCGGACAGUCUAUGCGAGAAGGGAAAUCGCGACAACCUUGCAAGCAGGGAUUCACCAAGUGCCAAGGCUUAUGUGGUCGUCGUCGAUACUCAUCUGCGCGGAAGGUUGCAAAGAAGUGGUCGUGGUCAAUCAACAGAUGAACAUGAAGGUGAAGGUCACUGUAGACCUGGGUGGGCUGGCUGACCAUGGCUCCCUCAAUCUCGUGGUAGGUGCCAAUGAUACUGUGGCCUCGCUCAAGGAGCGCAUUGCCUCAGUGUCUUUGGUACCUUUUCCCGAUCAGGUGCUCUCCUUGGAGCGCAGACCGGAUACGGCACUGCCAGAAGAGGCGCUGUUGGGCAGCUGUGGAGUUCAGGACGGCAGCUCUUUGGUCCUUUCUGCAGCGCCUUCCGCCGACGCGUUGCUCCAUCAGUUCGAGGACCUUUUGUCUUCCAGAGAAAUGUCACUCGAUGAGUUGAGUCUGCUGUACUGCUACAAGCACGGCAUAAGCGCCACCCAGGUGCUCAAGGCUUUGGGCCUCAGUGGCCUGGAGGACCUGCUAGGCGGCAGCAAGCGCAUUGCUUUGCGGAAUCGCCGGGCACGUCUCCGUGCUUCAGCUGAACCUCAGACCAGAGGAGAGGUUCAACAGGUACUGGGAGCCCAGAGGAGUGUUGCCAGUGUUAUAAAUACUGAUGUUGUAUCAUUUUGUGACGAGUGGCAGACAUGGCAGUCGUUUCUAGCUAAACCAAUCCUUUGCAGCAAAGUGUGUCUUGUCGAUUGA